AUGUCUGCAAGUAGAGUAUUAACACAUUUGAGAGGAAAAACACUGAGUCAACUUAAAGCUAGCGGAUCCAUGCCAGAGAGUUGUUUUUCAAUAGCACAAUUGAUGAGAGUAAAUGAUGACUCGGCACUGUCGACAAAAAAUUCAAUCAUUUCAAAGGAACAAAUCAACAAACUUUGUCUCUUAUCUAGAGUUUCAAUUAAAGAGGAAAAUCAAUUGGAAAAACUAACAAAGGAUGUAAAUAAUAUUGUACUUUGUUUGGAUAUUUUACAACAAGCAAAAGUACCUUCCGAGACAAUUCCAAUGUAUUCACCAAUGCAAUUUUAUAAGGAGAGAAAUAAUAGAUGGAGAGAGGACAUUCCGACAACGAAUACAUCAGAAGCUGAAUCUAUAGCAAGAAGAAAGAAUUUAAUUCAAGGAAAUACUUUGGAUGUUAAGGCUGGAUAUUUCAUUGCUCCCAAGGUUAAAUAA